AUGCGUUCACUUCUUCUUAUACUUCUUCUUGUUGGUUCAGCACAUGGUGGCAUUUUGGGACCUAUCAGCAAUUUACUUAAUAAUGUUGGUAAUACAAUCCAAACAGUUACCAAUCAGAUAGGUCAAACAGCUUCAAAUUUAUGGAAUGGUGCUACAAAUCAUGUUAAUAACGUAAUCGGCAAUGUUGUCGAUAGUGCUGGAAAUAUUUACGGACAACUAGUCGACACUGCCAAUGGAAUUCAAUUUGCAUCUAAUUUUCUUUGGGAUAAUAUAUUUGGUCCUGCUUAUGAUCUGUUUGUUGAAGGUGGACAAUUAUUUCUUGAUGAUAAAUUCGGAAAUAUUGUUAGCGCUAUUGGUCGUCGUUCAGUAUUACCAAAAACUAUUCUUUCAGAAAAGUAUACUGAAUUAACAGGUCGUUUUAAAACCCAACUUCAUGAUUUAUAUAACGGUUUAUUUGAAAUGGAAAGCGAAGCUAUAGAUGCUUUACAAAAAGGAGAAAAGAACAUUGAAGAUAAAAUUCGAGCAUUCUAUAAUCGUAUGGAUGAAGUUCAUAAAAAAAUCAAUCAAUUGGCUGCUGAAACCAAACAAGAAUUAGAAACAUAUGCAGUUACCGUUCCAGGUGAAUGGGUACAAAUUCUUCACCAAUAUACUCAAAAUAUUGAUUCACUCGUUGCAACCAUGAGCGAAAUGUUUCAACAAUUAGUACAAAGUUUAAUUAAAAAUUUCGUGCAAGCAGCUCUUACUGUUGUACCAAACGCAUUAACAAUCAUUGAAAAUUUGAAACAACAAGGUCUUCUUUCAUUUCUUCAACAAUAA